UGAGAGGAGAGAGGGGUGGGUGCUAUCGUCGUGUCCCUUCCCUGAGCGUGUCGGUGGCGGUGGCUGCAGCGACUGCUGGGAGGGGCGAGCGGCCGGAGGCAGGAUGGAGAAGGCGGCCGGGCGGCGCUGAGCCGGAGGGAAGUUGUGUGAGGGGAGGCUUCGGGUUUGGGGGAGGCAGGCGGCCUGAGAGAGCCGAGGCGGCGGCGGGGCUCGUGUGGGGACGGCUGGGGCUCGGGCUCCGGCUCCGGCUCCGCUGGGAGGCAGGCAGGCAGGAUGGAGCAAGAGGAGAUCCUGAGGAAAUUCAUCCAGCGCGUCCAGGCCAUGAAGGAUACAGACCACAAUGGGGACGACAACUUCGCCAGCGACUUCAUGAGGUUAAGAAGAUUAUCAUCCAAAUAUAGAACUGAAAAGAUCUAUCCAACAGUCAUUGGAGAGAAAGAAGAAAAUGUUAAAAAGAACAGAUAUAAGGACAUAUUGCCAUUUGACCACAGCCGAGUUAAACUGACUUUAAAAACACUCCCGCAAGAUUCAGACUAUAUCAAUGCAAAUUUUAUUAAGGGAGUACAUGGGCCACAAGCAUAUGUUGCUACCCAGGGACCAUUAGCAAAUACAGUAGUAGAUUUCUGGAGAAUGAUAUGGGAGUACAAUGUUGCAAUAAUUGUAAUGGCCUGUCGAGAGUUUGAAAUGGGACGGAAAAAAUGUGAGCGGUACUGGCCUUUGCAUGGAGAAGAAAGUGUAACUUUUGGACCAUUUCAGAUUUCUUGUGAAGCUGAACAAGCAAGAACAGACUACUAUAUUAGAAUGCUAUUACUUGAAUUUCAAAAUGAAACUCGUAGAGUAUAUCAGUUUCAUUAUGUGAACUGGCCUGACCACGAUGUACCUUCAUCUUUUGAUUCUAUUCUGGACAUGAUCAGCUUAAUGAGAGAAUACCAGGAGCAUGAAGAUGUGCCUAUUUGUAUACACUGCAGUGCAGGGUGUGGAAGAACGGGAGCCAUCUGUGCCAUAGAUUAUACAUGGAAUUUGCUAAAAGCUGGGAAAAUACCAGAAGAGUUCAAUGUAUUUAAUUUAAUACAAGAUAUGAGGACACAAAGGCAUUCUGCAGUGCAGACCAAGGAGCAGUAUGAACUUGUCCAUCGAGCCAUAGCACAACUGUUUGAAAAGCAACUACAGAAAUAUGAAAGUUGCACAGACUGGAAGAUUGCUGAUGGAGUGAAUGAAACUAGUACAGAGAAAACUGUCAAUUCUGUAGAUCUUGAGAAACAGGACUCUCCUCCACCAAAGCCUCCACGGACCCGCAGUUGUCUUGUAGAAGGAGACGUUAAGGAAGAAAUCUUGCAGCCUCCAGAGGCUCACCCAGUACCACCCAUCUUAACACCAUCUCCUCCUUCAGCUUAUCCGACAGUCACUACUGUGUGGCAGGACAAUGACAGAUACCAUCCAAAGCCAGUUUUGCACAUAGUUUCAUCAGACCAUUCAACAGACCUCAAUGAAAACUAUAAUAAAUCAACAGAACAUUCAGGGAAAAAUGAACCCAGUGAACGUGUGGAGAAAAAACUUGAGCGUAACUUAAGUUUUGAAAUUAAGAAGGUACCUCUUCAGGAGGGACCACGAAGCUUUGAUGGGAAUACUCUUUUGAACCGAGGACAUGCAAUUAAAAUGAAGUCUGUUUCAUCUUGUGUAAUGGAUAAGAACUCUAAGCCACUGGAUCAUAGUUCAGGGGAUUCACUUGUAGACUCUUCUCAAAACUCUACUAUGGAAAACAAAGCCUUAGUAGCUUCACUGGAAGGGCUGCAGAGCCAGAAGGAUUCUGAUGCUCCACCAAGACCCGACCGUCUGCUUCUCAAAGAGAAGGGGCAUGCCUUGUGGUCACUACACAGGCCUGAAAAUGCACUGCCUACAUCUGUGUCUGAGGAUAUGUCUUCAGAUGUCUUAAGUCAUGGUAUUAAAACAGCCUCUCUGGUACCAAACCCCACAUCUCAAGUAGAAUGCUCUUCCAGUGAAACGGUUGAUCAUCAGAGCAGUAUGCUUUUAGUUAGAGCACCCCUCUGUUUUACUAAUCCUCUUCAUUCCGAUGAUUCUGACACAGAUGAGAGGAACGUUGAUGGAGCCGUGACCAAAAGUAUGUCUAAUAUUUCAACCGCAAGUGCCACAGUUUGUGCUUCCACUAGUACUGAAAACAUUUCUUCUAGAAAAGUAUUAUCAAUGUCCAUUGCUAGACAAGAUGUUCCAAGCAUAAGACAUUUUGAAGAUGAAAAAGGUAGGUUUUUUGUAUUUCAGCUAUAUUUGUCACAUUUAAUCUGUAGAGUGGGAAAAUAUUCAUAAUUUUAAGACAGUAUUGCAGAGAAAUAUUUAAUUAUAAAUCUUAAACUUUAAAUUGACAGUAUAGCUGCUUCUGCAACAAUCUAAUUUAGUUUUCCAAUCUUCUUUUCUCCUGUGAGUUAACCCUGUUGUAUUACUAGAAACCUUGAUAAACUGUCUCAAGUGCUGUAUUAAGA